AUGGCAUUGUUCUUACGACCGUCAGACUCUGACAACCAUGGCAACAACCAAGGCAACAACAACAACUCUGCUCCUGCCCCUGAAGGAUCAAGACAAUCUGGUUCAGGUGAAACCUCUGUUUCUCAAACCACCACUGGCUCAUCUGCACCUGAAAAGGUGCAUACCGGUUCCACCGAGAAACAUCCUCAACAAAUUUUUUCACCCUUGGACCAACCAGGUGCCCCUGCUCCCAUCACUGGUCUCCAUGUGGAUGGUUCCAACUUGCAAGAAGGCUUUGAGGAAGCUGUGCUUGUAGCACAACAACGUGUGCUAGCUCUGUCCAUUGAGCAAUCCAAGCACCAAGUCAGCUCCCAGCGUGAUCAGGUGACCCGCAUCCGUGCCAACUUGGUCGAUGCACAAGUGCAUUUGGAGUCAUUGUUGCGCACCAAGCGUCUUAUGGAGCAAUUCCAGCAACAAGUUGCUGCCCCCACACCAUCACCAUCAUUGUCUAGUGCUUCGUCUGAAAGCUCAACAGCUUCAACAAGUGCUAGUACCACCAAUGAUGCCACCUACAAGAGUGGUAAGCUUCCUGUACCUCACAACAUGCCAUGGCUACAAAUUGAGGGCCACCACAAACACAACAUCAACAAGUCCAAGGAUGUUCACUCCACCAUCGAUCGUUACAUACAACGUUUUGAUGCGGUCCUCAGUGGUUAUGGUAUGGUCAAGGAUGAGAAUUGGGAGCGUUUAUUAUCCAUGCACAUUCUUGAAGAAGACUUCUCUUGGUUUGAGGAUACUCUAGCUGAUCGCCACUUACCUUGGUGUGAAGCUAAAGAGAUCAUCCGAUCCCACUUUGGUUCCUCUCUCUCCCGCCAAAAGAUGUCGGCUAAGGUGUGGACCCUCAACAUGCGCAAGACCGAGACCUUUCGUGCUUACGAAAAACGCUUUCGUACUGCUCGUCGUGCUGGUGGCGUACCUGACAACAAUGCUUUGGCGAUGAAGUUCCUUGGCUCUUUGAGCAAAUCCUUGAGGGUCGAGAUCCAAACCAUCUUUCGCCGUCAGAACAUCACACCCAACAGCAUCACCGACGUGGCAAAUCAAGCACGUGACAUUGCUGAUGACUUCUCGGAUGAGUCGGCUAGUGAUGAUGAUCGUGGUCGUCCUUCCCGUUCCUCUCGUCGCUCUCGUCGUUCUCGCUCAUCAUCACCAUCAAGAUCUGCUUCUCCUGUUCGUCGUCGUGGCCCCAAGAAACAGCCAAAAAAUGAUGAGGACAACCCUCACAGCAUCAAGGGCUGCAAGUACCAUGGCGCCAAGGCUCACCACACCACUGAGGUGUGCAACCAGAAGGGCUUGAAAAAGCCAUACAAACCUUCUGCUUCUUUACUUGCCUCCAAACAUGCACCAUCCUCAUCAAGCAAACCUUCAAGCACACCUUGUUGGCAUUGUGGCGAACCUUUUGACUAUGGUCACUUGGCUGUUUGCAAGGCCUCUAAGGGCAAGGGUAAGGCAACUGGUGAGCGUGUGGUUCGUGCAUUGCGUCCUGCUUCAAAGAGUAAGGAUAGCCAACCUGCUCCUGCCGCAUCCGAUUCGGGUGGCUCUGACGAUGAUAUGGAUAUUGAUCAGAAGGCACAAGUGACUGACUUGUAUAGCAAACUUGGCAUUUACAUUGGAGGACUACCAUAUUCUUUUGAUGAGAACAAUGACUCCGAUAUCGAGGAAGAGAUUGGCUGCAUUGACGUACCCAAUGACUCACCUGCUGGUAACAGCUUAGAGCGUGCUCUUCUUGAACGCACCUUGAAACCGCUCAUUGAGGCUAAUCAGCAAAUUCCCAAGAACGCCUUUUGCACCGUACCUGAAUCAAAGAUUUCACUUGACACCAUCGAUGAUGUUACCGAACGUGUUAAGUCAUACCCUGUGCCUAAAAAAUGGGAACCAUUGCUUGAUGAAACCGUCCAAAUGGUUGGAAGAUGGCAUCAUUACCUAUGCACCUGA